UGUUCUGCAGAAGAAAGAAGAUCAUCUGGGAUGGCACGAGGGUAAAUAAAUGAUGAGAGAUUUUUCAUUUUUGGGUGAUUUGUCCCUAUAAUCUACAAGCCACCUGUACAGAAAUCGUGUUCAGCAGUUAAAUUAGAUCUAAACCCCAGAGGACGUCAGAGCCAUGACCUGAUGCUCAAAUCAAAUGCUUUGAAGUGUUGAGCUGUGGUGCUCAUGUGGAAGACCUGGGUUUGAGUCUGACUCUUUACUCCUGAUUUUCUGCACACACACUCUCUCUCUCUCUGUCUCUCUCUCUCAAAUAUGUAUACCCAUUGGUUCUGUCAGGUGCACCUGUUUAACAUUAAUUAGCAUCUAUUAUCAGUGAUUUGCAUGUUGUGAUUGUGAGUUAGAGGAACAUCAGCUGGAUAAAUGCCCAGCAGACAUGAUGUUCUUCUGUUUCUCUUAUUGAGAGAAACUUCAUGUUGCUCAGAGUAGUUGACAGCGAUGUAAGUGGACACUAGUUUUCUUCAAACUAAAGUUAAUAAGUGUUAAGUAUUGUUUAUGGAAGAUGUUUGGAGGCAAGGUGUUCUUUUUGUUUCAAAUGUUUUUGAAUUGUAAUGACGAGUUUACACGUUUUUAAGCCCGAUUAUCGCUUGCCGACAAAAGCCAGAAAUCGUACCCUGAAAAAAUUUCAGUAAUUUUAACAGUAAAAUACUGUAAUGCUACAGAAAUAAAAUGUUAAUUGAUAAACAAAUAUUAACUGUAAAAUGUUUUAAUAUAUUUUAAAAGACAAUACAGUAGUUUUUACAAUAAAAUAAUGUAAAAUUUUAAUUAUUUAAAUGUAAAGUAAGCGUUUCCUGUAUAAUUAAUGGGAAAAUGGGCAAGAGAGUACAUGUACUUUUUUUUUUUUUUUACAGUAAAUAACAGUAAUUGGGCUUUCCCAUCAUUCCCUGCUACCCCUUUUCCACCAACAAGAACCAGGUGCUGGUUCAGAGCUAGAGCUAAUGCCGGUUCGGAGUUGGUUCGACUGAUGAGCCUCCAAAGAACCGGUUUGCUUUUCCACAGGCUAAAGAGCCAGCACAGAGCCAGGUCUUACGUCACUGUAUACACUGACUGCAUACCGUGCGUGACCCAUUACAUUUCAUUAUAUUUUAUGGGACUAGAUAUGUUUCAUCAUAUUUGUAAUAUCAGUUACAUACAUUGAGGUGAUCUGUGUUAUAUUUCAUGUAGUUUUGUUAAUGUUUACUGCAUUAUUUAAGUCUCAAUGGUGUUUAGUGUUUGUGGAAGGGCCUGUUGAUGAACUUCAUGUCGUCAUGUGACCUUCUAUAGUUACUAUGGUGAUGAACAAAUACCUUAUAAAGUAAACAACAGAUUUUUACAGUUUCAGAAGGCAUGUUUAUGAUUUUAUUUUACUGUAGAUUUAACCGAAUUAUUUAUUUAUUUAUUUGACAGUGCCAGCGUGUAAAUUACAACCAUUUUAAACUGUAAAAUGUACAGAUUGUUCAUUAUUUAUCUUUAUAAAUGAGGUUAUUUUUUACAUAAUAUUCUGGCAACCACAGCUGCCAGAUUUGUUAUUGUAAAAACAUCAACUCCUGUGAGCGACGAUCGCAAUGUGUGAACUAUCAAAGACGCGAUUUGAGAGAAGCGCCGAUGUCAGCGAGAUAUCUGGACCCGUUAAAUAACCGGAUCUGUCGUCGAUUCCAAAUCGCGCAACGUGAAAUAUGUUUUGACUGAAUAAAACUGCAGCGUUGACCUACAGCCAAUGAGAGAGCAAGAAACGGGGCACGUGACGUUUCAGUGGGAGGAGUGCUGAUGUACCUGUAAUAGAACAUCGACUAGCAUGGCUGAAGUUUCCUCUGAACUGUCCCACAACCGGGUGGAAAUGAGAAAUUGCCAAUUCUCUUGGACAGUCAGGAAUUAAAAAUGAUUAAAAGUGGAUUGUACAGGGUGUCAAACAUUGUGAAGACCAGCGGGAUGUUUUUGAGGGUCUGGGUGAGGAACAUGAGCGCGGAUUCUUCAACUUUGACCCUGAGACAACAACAGGACGGAAUCAGGAGGAUUAUUCUAAAUAACCGCAAGAGGAGGAACGCGUUAUCUCUGCCCAUGCUGGAGUCCCUGAGAGAAAACCUCCAGACAGACUGUGCCAGCGAAGAGCUACGAGUGAUUAUUAUAUCAGCUCAGGGUCCAGUGUUUUCUUCAGGUCACGACCUCAAGGAGCUGACCUCCGCCCAGGGCCGAGACUACCACAGCAAGGUGUUCCAAACCUGUGCAGAGGUGAUGACCCUGAUACAGGAUAUCCCUGUGCCUGUCAUCGCUAUGGUGAAUGGUGUCGCCACGGCAGCAGGAUGCCAGUUAGUUGCCAGCUGUGAUAUUGCCGUAGCAACAGAUAAGUCGACCUUUGCCACCCCUGGAGUUAACGUGGGACUGUUUUGCUCCACCCCAGGUGUGGCGAUAGGGCGAGCUGUACCCAGAAAGGUUGCCAUGGAGAUGUUGUUUACGGGGCGGCCCAUCUCAGCUCAGGACGCCCUGCUCCAUGGGCUGAUCAGUAAGGUGGUGAGUGAGGAGCAGUUAGAGGAGGAGACGCUGGCGAUCGCCCGGCGGGUGUGUGAGUCAAGCCGCCCUGUGGUGGCAUUAGGGAAAGCCAUGUUUUACAGGCAGAUGGCCCAGGGCCGGGACGCGGCGUACGCCUCUGCUUCUGCAGCUAUGGUGGAGAACCUGGCACUGCGGGACGGGCAAGAGGGCAUCCGGGCGUUCCUGGAGAAACGGAGACCUGUGUGGACCAACAGCAUUGAGAAAGCCCACACGUGACCACUGGUGUUGUCCGCAUGGCUACAAUGCUAAACCACUGACACAUACAAGCUCCAGAUGAUAUAAUUAUCCAUAAAAUAUAAAACUGAGACAAAUAAAAUUGAGACCGAAUGUUAAAUAUAAUAUCAAUCUUGUUAAAGGGACAGUUCACUCAAAAAUGAAAAUUCUCAUAAUUUACUCACCCUCAUGCCAUCCCAGAUGUGUGUGAUACAUCAAAUACUUACUUUCUUCUGCAGAACGGAAAAUAAGAUUUUUAGA